GCGCCGCUAUGACGCGAUCGCACUUCAAAUGCGCACAUCGAAGUGUGCGCACAUCACUUUGGGACACAGCCUUUGGCUUUACUGUCAACUCGUGCCUCUGUGUCACUGUCUGAAGCCAUGAUGCGCUUAACAGCGCUGUUUAUCGUUGUCCUCUGCUUCUAUCAAGUUGGCUCCAAAGCACUGCUAAGUAAAGUUUCAGGAGAAAAUUCUGGACCACAUGAUGCAGAAGACGGUACAAGUGUUUUACCGAGCACAGCUGCAAAUGGGCCAAAAAGUAAUGACGUAGACGCUUCAAAUAAUAAUGAUCCAGAUAACAACAUUGGUGAAAAACCAAAAGCAGAACAGAAGAACCCAUCUGAAAGCAAUAAAGACAAUAAGGAAAAUCCCCCUCAAACUCCUGAAGAAACUCAAAGCAAAAAUAAUAAAGCAAACGAUCCAAAGAGUAAAACCCAAACUGAAGAUGUUAAUGAAAACACCCCCCCGGAAAAUGCUAAAAAAGAUGAAACGGAGUCAAAAAAUGAAGGAAAUGUUAAAGACAAGCAGCACGCACUUUCCCAAAAUGAAACAAACAAUCCAAAAAACAAAAAUGAAGCUGCACCAAAAAAAGAGCCUAAAGAGAAGGCGACCACAGCUGCACAAAAUAUAGCAGAUGAUGGACAAGCAGGCUCUAAACCUGCUGAAGGUGGUGGAGGACAAACAAAAGACGAUGAAACCGGUCAACAGGAGCAUAAAGACGUUGUAGGUGAAACAAGUGGUGAAAAGGGUGACAAGAAGACGACCACAGCUGAACAAAAUAUAGCAGAUGAUGGACAAGCAGGCUCUAAACCCGCUGAAGGUGGUGGAGGACAACCACAAGACGAUGAAACCGGUCAACAGGAGCAUAAAGACGUUGUAGGUGAAACAAGUGGUGAAAAGGGUGACAAGAAGCCGACCACAGCUGAACAAAAUGAAGAGGGUGGAGAUGAAACAGAUGGCAAGAGUGAAGAGCAGUCACCUGGACCUGAGACCCCUGCAGACGAAGGCGUACAAAAUGGUGAUUCAGUAAAUGACACUGAAGAUGAAGAUGGUGACGAUACUGCUGAUGAACUUUCAAAUGAACAGGAUACAUCUAACAGCAAAACCGAAAAGAAGGACAAUAAAGUGAACACUUAUCAACAAGAGGAGAGUGCAGAGAACAGCCACUUCUUUGCCUAUCUGGUCUGCGCUGUUAUACUGGUGGCUGUGCUGUAUAUCGCCAGUCACAACAAGCGCAAGAUCAUUGCCUUCGUCGUUGAGGGCCGGCGAUCAAGAGGCACACGGAGACCCAAGACAUCUGAUUACCACAAACUCGACCAGAAUUGAGAAAACCCAGUCAGAUGAGUCAGCGGUGGAUGAAUCUAAAUAUUUGAACUGUGAUUUUGAAACUUGAAUUAUCCAUAAUGAGGCAUAUAUCACCACUCACAGAGACUGUCUCCAACUUGUCCAAAAUGAUAUUAAUAGUGACAAAUUCUCAUCCAUCCGUAGCAUGUCGGGUAUGUUGAAAACAAUGUCUCUUGUAGUUCUAAAAUUUCUGGCAUCAGGAUCUUCAGUCAGGUUUAGAAAUACGAACACAGCGGUACAUAUUGAAGAUGUUGGUUCUGUGGCCUCUCGUUCUAUUUGAUUUCCGAGCCUUUUUUGGUAGAGUUACGUAGUUGUCUUUGUUUUGCCUUUUUCUCGAUUUAUUGCUGGCCGAAAUGUGUAAUACAGAAGGAACCGAUAUGUAUAUGUUGACUGCUUUUUCAUGCAGAUGAUGAAUGGCGUUUUAUGGGAGACUGGGAAUGAUUGAGGUUUGAAAUGUUCUGAGGGCUGUUGUACCACUUCUUGAAGCUGAUCGAACACAUUUUUUGGGACAGGGUAAUUCUUUCUACAGGUGUGGAUUAAAAAAGAAGUGGCAAGCUUUUGUUCUUAUGUUAAAUAUGUUCAAAACACAGUGAAAGCAACUUAACUGCUCUAUGAAUGCUAAAUUAGCUUUGAAAGGCUCAACAAAAAGGAUUUUAUUUGCUGGCCCAGUUAGACCAGUAGUUCAGAUUUAUAAUUGCCCCUUUCACUGGCCCUAUAUAUAAUUUUUUUUUAUUUUUAUUAAAUUGUUCUUUACCAAAACAUACUGUAAAUUAUUAGGGUUUAAAGCAAUAAAAGCCAGAAAUUAACUGCAAAUUUAAUUGCAUACAGUGUGCAGGCCAUCUAUGCUGUGAGGUGUUUGAGUCCGUUUAUAUUGUAUUUGAAUUUAUCAGUCAAGUGGUUCGGUUGUGGUUUUCUGCAUUUGGACACUACACUACAGCCCUGAUUUUGACAAGUUCCACUUUUCAUUCUUUUAAAAGGUUCUGCUCAAGUGACUUUAAUGUUGAAAGAAGCCAUCCAGUUCAAUGAUGCAUUUGAAAUAUGAUUGUUUUUGGUGUACAGUAGGAUUAUAAUUGAUUUAUGAAGCAAGAUUUCUGUGCCAAAUCUAGAUGAUGCCCAGGAAUGAGAAACAAACGGAUAUAUAUUCAUACUCCCCUCUUAUCCUAAAAGUGGGAAAUAUUGUGGAUGUUUUAUUUGGUGUGAUUUCAAAGACCGUUGUCCCUACUGUGAUUCCUGCUGUAUUCUCCGUUAAGCCUGUGAUUGAUGAUUUGACAUUGAACCAGUGGCUUUGCACAACCAUUUUUCUUGAAAUUCUGGACCUAUUUUGAAUUAUUACGUGGGUAGAAAUAUAUGAGGGGGGUUUAACUUACCUAUUUACUGUGGUCAAUCUUUUAUCACUAUUUAAUCUUUUUCACAAGUGAUACUCUUUCUACACUGAAAAGAGAUGGAAUAAAGGUUAGAUUUUCCCUCUGA